AUGGAUAGAGAAGUAGAUAACACCAAAAAGUUCUGCGCGCAUGAAGUGAAUACUGUCUCUUAUCCAACUGUGAGCCGUGGCAUGAAGCAUACCGAAGGAGGGUGGCCAGCAGGUGUCGAUAUUGAAGAUGAAGACAGCGUAACAAGAUUCAGAAAAAAAAUCGAAAAGGACAAGGGUUACGUCAAUAGUAUUAAAUCCCUCGCAGAUGUGGUAGAGCAAGUUAUUAUGGAGAAUAAUUCUAUAGAUAUAUAUGAAGAAUACUUUUCAGGUGAAAGAAUUAAAGAAAAGGAUGAAAUCGACUUUCAGGUUGUGAAUGUAUUCGGCGAUCCAGAUAAGAUUGCCCGGAAAUUGGUAGAUAUAAGUUGGUCGGAAGAUUCACGCAAAAUAGCUGCAGCGUAUUCAAUUGAUGGCCUUGAUAUUCCCGCCACUGAUAUUUGCUUGGACUCCUAUGUCUGGGAUUUGGAAAACUGCUUGCAUCCCUUUUGUGUUUUGAAGCCAGAGCUGUCUAUUAAUUGCCUUGAAUUUAAUCCUGGAUAUAUCGACUUGCUACUUGGCGGCUACAGCAGCGGUCAAAUAGCCCUGUGGGACAUUCGAGCUGGAAACCGGCCUCAACAAUUAUCGUCAGUGAAGGACAGUCAUUCUAAAAAGGUAACCGGUAUAAGAUUCAUCGAAAGCAGCAGUGGUAUGGACUUCUUUAGCGCCUCCAUUGAUGCAACUGUAAUGAGUUGGGAUGCCAGAGAUCUGUCGAAACCAACACAAACUGUAAUAUUAGAUCCUGAUAAAACGAAAAUCCCGAACCUUCAAGAACUUUGCACCGUGAGUUCUGUUGAGUAUGAUCCUACUCUGCCUGAUGUAUUCAUGUUAGGGACUGAACAAGGAAAGAUUCUCAUGUUUUCUCGCAAAUUUCAUUUUGAUUCAGAAAAAUUAGGUGCUUUAUUCGAUUGUGAAGAUAGGCCUGUCCUUAGUAUUAGAAGGAACGCAUUUUUCCCUCAAUUAUUUGCUUCUUGUGAUCCAUGGAGUGUGAAAAUAUGGUCAGAGGGUACCACUGGAAAACCUAUAUUAAAUAUGAUGACAAAAGAGGGAUAUUAUACAGAUAUGGACUGGAAUCCAUCUCGGGCGUCUAUGUUGUUUGCUACUAAAACCACAGGAGAUAUUGAAGUCUGGGAUAUUCCAGGUAAACAUUCAGAACCAUUAUCAACCAUCAAAUUAGAAAAGGGACCAUUAAACUGUUUAACAGCAGACGACGAAGGAAGAUUUUUAGCUUGCGGCACUGUCUCUGGAACCAUACAUUUGAUAGAAGUUCCAAACCAUUUGCGGAGAUCUUCGAAAGAGGAACUGAAUGCUGUUGCCAUGACUGUAGGAAGUGACGAACCUCCAGAAGGGAAGCCAAGAACCGAAAGGCUAGUUCGAAAGAAAAGAAAGAAAGAAAAAGAAUUUAAAUUCGAAGAUCUGUGGGAUCCACCAGAGAAAGCGGAGGUUCUGAAAGAAGAAUAUGAAACUCUUUACCAGAAGUAUCCUUUAUUUGAAGAAACUGAAACGUAG